AUGAAGAUUGCUGUUCUUUCUCUACUCGUCUCUGCUGCUGCGCAGGCAGCUGGGCAGGCAGAAGAAGCAUCAACUGCUGAUUGCUGUAGAAGCCUGGCCGACAAGGUGAAGUCUAUCUAUCACGGUCCUUCGGCUUCCGACUACAACGAGCUCGUCACCGCACGAUGGUCCAUCACCUCGAUGCAGCACCCAGGCUGUGUCGUGACGCCAACUUCUGCCCGCGACAUGUCCGUCAUUGUCAAGGAGCUCGCAAAGAAGAACUGCCGCUUCGCCGUCAAGUCUGGUGGCCAUAAUCCCAACCCCGGUUUUAAUAACAUCGACAGAGGUGUCUCCAUUGAUUUGAGGGGCCUCAACUCCACGUCCCUGUCCCAGAGCCGCUCUUACGUCAGCCUCGGCACUGGUCUGUCCUGGGGACAAGCAUAUGCUGUCUUUGAGAAGGACAAGAUUGCUUUUACCGGCGGCAUCUGCGAGGAUGUCGGCGUCGGCGGUCUUGCCGUUGGUGGCGGGCAGUCGCUCUUCCAGGCCGGCAAGGGCUGGGUUGUCGACAACAUCAUCGACUACGAGGUCGUAUUGGCAUCGGGCGAGAUCGUCCACGCCAAUCAACAGAACCACUCGGACCUCUACAGGGCCCUCAAAGGCGGCAGCACAAACUUUGGUAUCGUGACAAAGAUCGACUUGGCUGCCUUUGCCUUUGACGGCAUGUGGGGAGGCCAACUGCUUCUCGCCUUGGACGGCCCCCAGGCCAACCGAGAACAGAUGCAGCAGAUUAUCACAAAAACCACCGUCGACUUUGUGGCCGACAACCACCGCGAUGUCGACUCGGGUAUCCAGAUCGUGUCCACCUAUCUUCGCAACGGCAGCAAGGUGGUCGACGUGGCGCUGUCCAACACGGCCAACAUUGCAGACUCGCCGGCGCUGCAGCCGUUCCUCAAGCUACCGAACCAGCUUUUCAAUACCAAGCGGCAUGCAUCGCUGGCUGCGUUGGCGCACGAGACCAGCCUCGCCAUUCCGCGCGGUUUCCGCUACGUCACUGCGAGUAUCACCAUCACCAACGACAAGGAGACUCUGCUCGACUUUUGGAAGGCUUCGGACGCCGUGUACAAUGACCUCGAAGUCAAGGACAAAAUUGACUGGCUAGUCUCGGUUGUUCCGCAGCCCGCCCUGCAGGAAACGUACGCCAAGGCCCGUGGCGGCAACGUCCUGGGACUGCAGGAUGAAAAGAAAGAUCAACUAGUCCUCUGGCUCGUCUCCCGAUGGAACGAUGCCAGCCUUGACCCGGUCAUGGAGGCUGCGCGCCAAGCUUUUAUCGACGCCGCCGAAUCCGUCGCCAAGAAGCACGACACCUUUUCCCCAUUCAUCUACCUCAACUACGGCGGCCCCAAGCAAGACCCUCUUUGCGGCUACGGCGCUGCUAAUGUCGCCUUCAUGAGAGGGGUGGCCAAGAAAUACGACCCGGCCGGCGUCUUCCAGAGGCUGCAGCCGGGCGGUUUCAAGCUCAGCCAAGCCCGGUGCGCUUAG